GCGCUUUAGCCGUCUUCGCAUAGCUCCCCACAUUGUCACUCGACUCCUCCAGUUUUCCGUCAGCCUCUUUCCAACACCAAGAUAUUCCACCAGGGUAGCUUCCCCACGUGCAGAAGAUAUAGUGAUAAACUGGAUGGAGCUGCUAGAAGACGUUCCGUGUGGCUACGCUAUGCCACGGAGCACCGGACUAAACUUGGAAGCUGAGAUGUGGACAUGGUACAGAUAAGAAGGGCCGGUCGCCAGGUGAAUGACCUGCAGGGACGAUCUUUCGCUCAAGCGCCAAGCUUUCAGACUUCAAGGCCUUCACAAUGCGCUCUUUUGUAGCUUCUUCGCUCGUCCUGGGCCUGGCUUCUGCCGCCGUCUUGCCUCGCUCCAGCCACCACUACCCUGAGAAGCAUGGCAGCAAGCACAACCACACAAAGCUCAAUGUCCAAGUUGGCGACCGACCAUACUUCUUGGUCGACGACAUGGAUGAGGGUUCGCUGAAGAAGAAGCUCGAGAGCUGUUCAGAAGGACCCUUCAAGUCCUCCGACUUCGUCUUCGCGCACCGCGGCGCCUCCCUCCAAUACCCCGAGCACACCUACGCCGCAUAUAGCGCCGCCCGUCGUCAAGGUGCCGGCGUCAUCGAAUGCGAUGUCGCCUUCACAGAAGACAAGCAGCUCGUGUGCCGCCACGCCCAAUGCGACCUGCACACUACCACCAACAUCCUCAACACCACGCUCGCAUCCAAAUGCACCACUCCAUUCACGCCAGCCAACGGCACCACCCCCGCGUCAGCCAAAUGCUGCACCUCCGACCUCACGCUCGCUGAGUUCCAGACGCUUUGUGGUAAGCAAGACGGCUUCAAUCCCAACGGCACGACAGUCAAGCAGUACAUGGACGGAACGCCAUACUUCCGUACCGACCUGUACUCCUCGGGUUGCCCUAAACUCAUGACGCUGGACGAGUACAUUGACACCGUGGAUUCCUGGGACUUGAAAUUUACCGCCGAGCUGAAGACGCCCGAGGUCGCCAUGCCGUUUAACGGAUACACACAAGAACAGUACGCGCAGGACAUGGUCGAUACGUUCAGGAACAAGGGUAUCGCGCCUGAGCGCGUCUGGCUGCAGUCUUUCCUCCCGGAUGACAUCUUCUACUGGAUCGACAACGAGCCCGAGUUCGGCGUGCAGGCUGUCUAUCUUGACGAGCGCGUCGACACACCCGCUGGUUACUUGAACGCAACCGCCAGUCUCCCUGCGCUGGCGGAGCGUGGAGUCAAGAUCAUGGCGCCGGCGAUGUUUGCGCUGACGAAAGUUGAUAAUGCGACAGGUCAGAUUGUGCCUUCUGAGUACGCUAUCGCUGCUAAGGAAAACAACCUGGAGAUCGUGGCGUGGAGUUUCGAGCGCUCGGGGUGGCUGCAGAUUGGUGGUGGGGGGUAUUACUAUGAUUAUGUGAAGAGCGUGAUGAAUAAUGAUGGGGAUAUGUAUACGGUCUUGGAUGUGCUGGCGAGGCAGGUUGGGAUCAAGGCGAUGUUUAGCGAUUGGCCUGCUACUGUUACGUACUACGCCAAUUGUUUUGGCUUGUAGACAGGGCAAUGGCAAGCUAGUAUAGAGACAGGUAGCACGUAACGAGCAACCAUCACGACAUCAGACUUCGACAGCCCUCUGCAUUCCUCGCCGAACGCUCUUAUUCUUACCAAGGACCUAGGGUUGUUCCUCCCCCUC